UGGAAGAUUUGCGAACGUGCCGGAACGCGUACGCUGCGACUCGAACUACAGAGAUCGUGGUAAACAAAUAUCUGCUUGCCCCAGAGAUUCGCAUCGAUUAACCGUCCUGCGGGGAUACUGAAAUGCACCCCGCUGUGCCAACGCCAGUCGGAUGGAAGAAUUCGGAAUAAUCCUGGUAGCCAUCUUCAUGGUCCUGCUCGCCUGUGGGCUGCUGCACAGAUCAGUUCGUCUCACGUACAUACGCGUGCGAGAUCAUUCCAGAUACCACCCCAGGGCAUCGCAGUUUCUAGACGCUCGUCGCAACCUGAGCACAGUAACGGAGUGCACGAGCGCUUGCCCCGAAAAGCAGGACCUCGAGUCGGGCCUCAACCGACAUGAUGCGGAGCAGGAAUGUCCCAUCUGCAUCGAACCACUGUUCCUCCCAAAUAACACGAAUGUGACCGGAGCACAACCGAUGCACGUUAUGCCGUCGCAGAUUCCCGGCGGGGCUGCCGGCGUUCCAUCUGUAGAAGGUAGCGGAAGGCAAACCUGGCCGACUCAGCACAUGACCGGAGACGCAAGCGAGGACCGGAACGCGAAGCCGGCUGCGUCCAAGUGGGAGAUAUUGGUAGGGCGACUGUGGGGAAAGUCGCCGGUCAAGACUUGUACGAAGCUGUCCGACGACGAUAUCUUGACGCUGAAGGGUUGCCAGCACGCUUUCCAUGCCAAGUGUCUCUCGUCAUGGUUUCUGAUUCACCGUUACGACUGUCCCGUUUGCCGGAAUCCUUAUUGGCAGUCGCGGGAGGAGAAGGCCAGGGUAGCACAUGCACCGCCGGGGUUGGGGCCGGGGCCGGGGCCGGGGCUCGGCGGGGGAGACGACGAGCCUGGGAUUACUAGGCCGGCCCCGGCUAGAUCUGCCAUUGCACGGCUCGCGAUGCCGGUUCUGUGAAACUACAGCAGUAUGUCGCAUUUCCCAUUCUUUGAUAGUUCGCCUCAAAGGCACCCAGUCGAAUCGGGUGGAGGGCAUGUGCGGAUGCUAUGCUGUGUGCGUUGCCAGCUGUGGUAUUCGGCAGCGGUGCUCAGCUUAGCGAUAUCGUAAUUCCAUCAAAAUUGAAUGUCGAAGACAAGUCUACACGGAUAUAACGUUAAUUAUUCGUCAAUUGAUUGCUUGCUUUCCCGUGGCCUCUGUGAAUUCUUUUACCCGACAAUGAAAGAGAGAGGG